CAAAACCUUCAAUCUAGUUCCGAUAGUUCCUAUCAGGGGAAAGUUCCUUUGAACCGUUUCGCCUUGGAGCGACUUAAUUCCAUCGUUUAUUUGCCGGCUCUUAGAACAAUAUGACUGCCGUACCUCCUCCAACCAAUGUUUCCACAUUGUUGCCUUUAGAAUUGGUCGACAAAUGCAUUGGGUCCCGCAUUCAUAUCAUUAUGAAGAAUGACAAGGAAAUGGUGGGUACUCUGCUCGGCUUUGAUGAUUUCGUUAAUAUGCUGCUGGAUGAUGUAACUGAGUACGAAAACACCCCCGAAGGUAGACGAAUAACAAAACUAGAUCAAAUUCUAUUGAAUGGAAACAAUAUAACAAUGUUGGUGCCCGGCGGUGAUAUACCCGAGUAGCGGUAAACAAAAUAUUCGAUUUAUAAAUAACAUUUAUCAAUAAAGUAAAAUAUUAUUUUGUAGUAAAAAA